AUGUUCUUGCAGAACAACAAUCUGAUGGAUUAUAGCCUUCUAAUUGGUAUCCACGACACCGAGCUUGGCACAAAUGCUGCCGAAGUAAGCUCUUCCUCGGACGAGGCUGGUGGUCCAGCAGACUCAGCCUGCAGCGGAAAUAGGGCUCAAAAUACCUUGGGUCUAGAGCCACUUGCUUCUGCUGGAGACGGUCUAGGUAACAUCUAUGGUGCAUCGUCAAAUGGCCGUUGCUUGAAAAAACAGUCAUCUCAGCAUACUUCAUCUCGGUCUGCUGUAUUAGCCUCUAGCCAAUCAAAAAGUGGCAUUGAAGUCGGUACCGAUGACGCAGAGUUCGUUGAGGAUGAAGAGUUGGGCAUGUCUGAUGGCGGUGCAUGCUCUAGUGGACCUGGUAAGUUUUAG